AUGGCAGAGUUAGACUGCUUGCUAUGUGAACAGAGUCUCCAAUAUAAACUUGGUGCAGAAAUCAUCAUUACCGACAAAUGGGAGUGUGUCAAUCGCUCGUGCAAGAAAUUCGGCCAUAAAUUGCAUGCUGAGUAUAAGGAGUAUAUGGCUCAUCUUUAUACCCUGCGCCGAGGCAUCUUGCCUGCACAGAUCAUCACGCUGUAUUGUCGUGAAUGCAAGACAACCUAUCGGCCUAACUACUCGGUCUGUUGCGCUGAACGGGAUGACUCAUGUAGACGCUAUCUAUCUUGCAUGCCUCGCUAUCUUGAAGUGGUGGAACACUGCUACAUAGAAAGUGAACUUGCACAGCUUUUUGCAACACAAAUGGCAUUUUCGCAUGCAUCAGGCGAAGCCAUUGCGAGAAUAUACAACCUGUCGAUCAACACUCAGCAUAAUGACGAUUGUUUGAGCUCAGAGACCAUCUGGAACACAUUCUAUCUCUAUGCCUUACUGCGAGACUGUGUACGACAAUCUAUCGGACUAGUACUACCUCACCGUGGAAGCCAUAAAGAUCGUCUAAAUGCUCGAUUGCUUGAACGAAACUUGUGUGUGGCUGGAACAGGGCAGGAGCAGUGGGCGCAUGUGUGCAGAGAUUGUGUGAAAGUGAUUGUCGAGCAUGAUGGCUCCUGGUCUCGUAUCACUGCAUGUGUGAUGGAUGGUGUCACUGUCGGUCAUCCAAGGUGCAAUGUAGCCAACUGCAUUGAGUCGCUGGCAUCACUGCGUGAUCGCUUCUGUCCCAUCCAUGCCAAUUUGCAUAUGCGAUGCCAACUCAUGGUACGAUGCUGUGGGAUUAUUAUAUCACGAGUGACAUUUUUCCACGCAGAGUCUCUUGUCAAUGCCAUGAAUUUCAUUCUUGCCACUUUUCCAGCUCGCUUCCCCCACGCUCGUCCUUCCUAUCUCUUUUUUGAUAACAACUGUCAUCUGCUACAGCACCUGAUUGCCGCUGGUGAGCAUCGACUGGACACAAUAGGAUUUCCUGUUGAUGUCUUUCACGCUAUCAAUAAGCACAAGGACUCCGAUGCUUUCUGUCAGAUGCACUGCAAUCCAGCAGGUUUCCCUGAGCUUUACGAUGAGCACAACCAGUGGACAUUUAAUUCUUCAGCUGCCGAGCAGGCGAACGUCUGGUUUGGAAAGUUCCAAUCCAUAACGCGCGAGAUGACGAAAUCACACUACAACUUUUUUCUGGACGAGAUGAUUAAUAUUCGAAAUGCAUUUCUGGACGUUCAAAACAACGGAGGCCUUGCGAUUUGGGGCAUGACAGAUCGAGAGAAUGGCGGGGUGAUUUUCAAAGUGGCCACCAUCAACCUCAGCGAGGAAGCGAAGCAUCUCAGCCCUCGUCACCUUGUCUGA